AUCAGCUGAGCUGGGAGGAGGAGGAUGCUACUGAUGUCACUUUGCUAGUCGCACACACACACUUCAAACAUCAACAAAGCGAAAGAGGGUAGUGAGUUUACUGGAGGAUGGCGUUUGUGAAGAGCGGAUGGCUGCACAGACAGAUGAGCUGACUAUCUAGGCUGCAUCUUGUUAUUCUUGCACCAUCUUGCGGCGCUGGAAGAGGAACUGGUUUGACCUCUGGUCAGAUGGACGUCUGGUCUUCUACGAUGACCAGCAGCGGCGGGACAUGGAAGAUGAGAUCCACAUGAAGGUGGACUGCAUCAACAUCCGCAACGCCAGCGCUUGUAGAGAGCUCACACCACCCGAAGGCAAAGGCAAAGACUCCCUCCUGCAGAUCGUCUGCCGGGACGGUCGGGUCAUCAGCAUCUGCGCAGACAGUGCAGAUGAUGCGUUGGCUUGGACCAUGGCCCUCCAGGAUGCCAGACUCAACACUGUUGUGGCGCCCACUCAGAUCGGUUUUGCCGAGGAUGUCAUAGCAUCUGCACCUCCGCCCUAUUCUGAAUUAAAUCCAACUCCACAGGUUUUCUAUCCUGAUGGAUAUGGCGGUUAUGUUCCUCAUCCUCCGCCUUACGCCACACAGAUGGUCUAUUCUGCGGAUGGGCAGCAGUAUGCAGUUGCUUACCCUUAUCAUUAUCAAGGUGGAUACGCACCCGGCGUCAACCACGUCAUAGUGCAGGAGCGUCGUCGUGACGACACAGGUGAUGUCGCUCUGGGGAUGUUGGCCGGCGCAGCGACGGGAUUGGCCCUCGGCUCUCUAUUUUCCGUAUUCUAAUGUGUUUGCGUGAACCCAGCCCAACCUCUCCUGACCUACAGCACAGGAAACUGUUCCCGUGUUGUUUUAACUUUGCCUUUACACCUCAUAUUGCGCAGGUCUGAUAAUGUAGCCGGGCUGGGGGUGCGUUCGCUUUCUUUUCUGUAUUCCUCUUUGUACCAAAGCUUAUGUACUUUUGAUUAGGCACCAAAAAACUUGUUUGCUUUGCAAAUUUAAUAUGUAACUUACAAAGAUGUACACUAAAAUAUUGGCGGCUAGCCUCAAGAUAAGGAUAAUCAGUAAGGUUUAAAGAUCACCUGCUCUUUAAUAAGACAAAAUGUCUGUUGUCGUCUUAUACUAAUGAUGUCCUAUGAUGAAAUGACCGACCCUGAUGAAAUGAAUGAUGGGUAACCUGUUUUGUUUUUUCCUAUUAGUUCCUGAAACUGUUUUCAGUGUCACUUGUAGCUGCAAAGACAAAAUUUUGCUGAAUUAAACUGACAGUCUUGUUUAAAAAGAAUAGUUUACUCAAAAAUAAAAGUUCUGUCAUAAAAUAUAUAUAUAUAUAUAUAUAUAUAUAUAUAUAUAUAGUAGUUGUUGUUUUUUUUCUUUGAGAAAACCUAUAACAUUUUUUUUUCUUUGGCGAAAUUUCUUCAACAUAUCCAUUUUUAUUGUAUGGAACGUUUUGUUAAUCAUCUUUAAUUAAAAAUUAUAUGCGUUUUAAGCAAUUUUAGAGCAAGUAGAUAAUGACAGAAUUUUCAUUUUUGUGUGAAAUAUUCAUUUAAAGCUAAUUUGACAGGUAAAUAGGACUAAUGAUGAUGCAUGAUUAAUACUGUGACGGCAGUUGUGAUGUUAUUCAGGAAAGAGUAAAGAGUGUGUCCUUAAAUCUAGCUUUUCUGGUUAUUUUUCCUUUCUUUGCCUUUGUUUCUUUUUUUUUGUGGCGGCCUUCGUUUAACUCAUUUAAUUGUGUUUAUUUAUACUCAGUGUUAUCAAGUGUGUAUUUUUCCCUUUUUUGUGGAGACUUUACACUUUGUGAGAUAAUUUUAGGUUUAUUUCUGUGAUUCGUUUUGUCUUGACUCCUAUGUGUAUGUAAAGUUUUUUUCUCUUAAGAGUUAAUAUCGAAUGUUUGCAUAUUUCCAGUUAACUAGCACAAUGAUUAGUCCCAAUGUUUGUGAUUGGAUGCGAUAAGGGAAACUUCAGGGAAAAGUUGGAUUGACUCGUGAUUGGUUAGACUCACUGUCACAUUUACACACAAUUAUGUGAUCGAUUUGACUUUGUGUUUACUUAACAGGUAUAAUUAUGAGCAUAUACGUGAUAAUAUAAGUGAUAAUAAUCUUAAUUGUUUCAUUUAUGCAGGAUUUAUCAGAAUGGAUUUCAGGUCUUGGUUUGGUUUAACUCAGGUCCUUUUCUUUGAGACUUGUGUGACUAAGUUUAAUGGACCAGUGAUUUAGAAAAAUGACAUUUUCAUCUGAGAUAUGCUUGAUAUGAUUUCUAAUGUUUUUUUUCUUUAUUGCUUUGUUGUUUGAACCUCACAAACAUCAUUUAAAUAUGUUGCAAAAUAUACCAACAUAAUCAUCAUCAGUGUGUUAUUUAUAAACUAUUAAAAUAUGUCCUGUGA